AUGCCUUCAGCUACAAACAGCGCCCAGCCGGGCUUUCAGUUCUUCAAUGUCAUCGGCGGUAAAAGCCGGAGUGCCGAAGAAGUGCACCAGGUCGUGGACCCGCGAACCGAGGAGAACCUCUGGGACGUCCCCGUCGCUACCGCCAAAGAUCUCGAUGACGCGGUCGAAGCUGGCCUCACUGCCUUCAAAUCAUGGCGGAAGAGCACAAACGCAGACCGCCGAGACUUGCUCCUGGCCGUCCGACAGAAUAUGCUGGAUAAUGUCGAUGAGCUGUCCACGAUCCUUAUGAAGGAGACUGGCAAGUCGAGACUAAUGGCACAGGUUGAAGUUGAACGAGCCGCAUUCCAUUUUGAGUAUUAUGCGGAUGUGCAGCUUGAGGACGAGGUUCAGUUUGAGGAUGCGGAUAUCAAGAUCAUCGCAACGCAUGCCCCCUACGGUGUUAUUGCGGCAAUCUCGCCCUGGAAUUUUCCCUUGAUCCUGAGUGCAGUAAAGAUUGCUUCUGCGCUGGCCACUGGGAACUGCGUAAUUAUCAAGCCGUCGCCUUUCACGCCAUACACGAUCAUGAAGGCCUGCGAGUUCGCGCAGUCUGUUGUGCCCCCAGGUGUCUACCAAGUUCUCAACGGCGGUGCCGACCUUGGGGAACAGUUGACGCUUCAUCCCGGGAUAUCUCACAUCUCCUUCACCGGCACGACCAAUGUCGGCAAAAGGAUCAUGCAGAAUGCCUCCAAGACGCUGAAGAAGGUCUUACUCGAACUGGCCGGCAACGAUGCUGCCAUAAUCUGCGAGGACGUUGACCUGGCUGAGGUAGUGUCCAAGGUUGCGGGAGGCUGUCUCUUUCAUGCCGGCCAGGUAUGCGUUGCAUCGAAGAGAAUCUACGUCCACGAUUCCAUUUACGACCGUUUCCUCGAGAUGUUGAAGGAGGAGAUCAAGAAGUACGCCAUUACCGAGGAUCCUAUGGCACCGGCUGUUUUCAGCCCUUUGUCCAACAAGGUGAACUACGAUCGUUGUAUGGGGAUAAUCGAAGACUGCAAGAAGAACAACUACAACAUUGUAGCCGGAGGCGAGACCUUGUCGGACAAGAAAGGCUUCUGGAUCGCACCCACGAUUGUGUCCAAGCCUCCAGAGGAUUCUUUCCUCGUCGCAGAGGAGCAAUUUGGUCCCGUGAUUCCGUUGCUAUCGUGGACAGACGAAGCGGACGUCAUUGCUCGAUCAAACCUUGAUAAUGCCGGACUCGGUGCAUCCGUCUACACCCCUGAUCUCACCCGAGCACAGCGGAUUGCAAAGCAGCUCGAGUCCGGAACAGUCUGGAUCAACAUGUCGGAGAGACCACACCAUGCUGGCUGGUUUGCUGGGCAGAAACUCAGCGGAGUAGGCGGUGAAAUGGGCAAACAAGGUCUACUUUCCUACUGCCACACACAGUCGAUCCAGAUUGCGAAGUAG